AUGGCAGCCGCUAACGAAAGCGAGCAGCAGGCUGCUGCUGGUGCCGGUGAGCCAACACCACCCGGCCCCGCAACUGCCCGCCCGCCGGCGGCCACGCUUGAUGCGCAGCUGUUGAUGGCUGCUCGCCGCGGCGACAGCAAACAGCUCAAGGAUCUGCUGCCGCUGAUCAAGGACGACGACGAGCAGCAAAGCUCGUCCGUGGCGGCGGGAGCACAAGACGUGGUAGUGGAAGUCGAUCCUCGACCUCCUCCUCAUGAUGCUGUUGCACCACUACCCUCCUCUGGAUCGUCGUCACCGCCGCCAGUCCCGGUAGUCCUUGAUGAGGAUGGUGUGACCAUGGAAGGGGACUCCCUGCUGCACGUGGUUGCGGCAUGCGGCGACACGCAGGAGUACCUCGACUGCGCCAAAAUACUGGUCCGCAACAAGAAGCGCAAGGGCGGUGCAGAUGCAGCGCGCCUAGCCCUGGAAGCGCGCAACCGCAAGGGCGACACGCCCCUGCACUGCGCCGCCGGUGCUGGGAACGCCAGCAUGAUCUCUUGCCUCGUUGAUCUCAUCGCCAACGACACCACCGACGACGAGGCGGGGGCACCGGUGAAGAAGGCGUUCCUGAGGAUGCAGAACGAGUGUGGAGAGACCGCGUUGCACCAGGCCAUCCGCGCCGCUGCCGACAACAAGCUUAAGGUGGCCUGCAUCGACCAGCUGAUGGACGUGGAUUCGGAGCUGGCCUGCAUCCCAUUCCCACAUCAGGAGGAAGAUGCUGGUGCUUCCCCGUUGUACUUGGCUAUCUCACUGGGUGAAGUCGAGAUUGCGCGGCACCUGUAUAGCAAGACUAAAGGCGGCAAGCUGUCCUAUUCCGGACCACAUGGCCGUAACGUCUUGCAUGCAGCGGUUCAUCGUGGCCAAGCGCUGCCUAUGAUUUUGGAAUGGCUCAUCAAGGACAUGAAGCCUAAAGAAGACAGUAGUACUGUGUCUCUUGUGUCGCGACUGACUAGCGAAAGGGACAAGAAGCAGAAGGAAGCACCCUCUUCACUUGGCCGCGUCCUUGUCCGGGUGGCCAGGCGCGGGGCGGACGACGAAGGAUCCUACCCCAUACACGUCGCUGCAUGGUCUAACAGCAUCGUUAUCGUGAUCCUGCUGGGGAGGUGUCCGGACUGCGCCACCCUGCGAGAUGGCAAAGGACGGACGUUCCUCCAUGUCGCCGCCGAGGAGGGAUGCCACGAUGUGGUUCGAUAUGUCUGUGGAAAAAUGCCACAGCGAUUUUCAUCGAUGAUUCUGAAUGCGCAGGACAACAACGGGGACACUGCGCUGCACGGCGCUGUCCGUUAUGGGAACCUUGCCGUCUUCAACUGUUUACUUCGGAAUCCACGGAAUCCAAGAAGUGUUGUACGGCUUUCAUUGCUCUUUGCAGGAGCUCCUCAUGGUGGAGGCCGGCCGGAGCUCUUCUGUGAACAACACAUCACCAAAGGAGACGAGGACAAAGAGUCACAGAAACAUACAGAUGCAACGCAAGUGAUGAGCAUUGUCGCCGUACUUAUUGCGACCGUCACAUUUGCAUCAGCUUUCACGUUGCCUGGUGGUUAUCGAUCCGUCGGGGACUCAUCUAGCAAUAAUCACGCUGGGACGCCGGUGCUUGCUGGGAGCUAUGUUUUCGACGCCUUUAUCCUUGCCGACACCUUGGCAUUCGUCUGCUCCACCUUGGCUACCUUUAGCCUUGUCUAUGCCGGGGUGCCGGCCAUGGCCAUCUCCAUCCGCAACUACUACUUCAACAUUUCGGCCGUGUUGCUGCAGAGUGCAGGAAGGAGUUUCGUGGCCGCUUUCGCCUUGGCCUUGUACCCGGUGCUGGCUCCAGUUGAUCAUACAAUUGCAGUGACUGUCUGCGUCAUCAUUUUUGCAUCUUUGCUCUGGGGAAACGUGGAAGCUUGGCGGAUCACCUGUGGGGCAAACACGGUCCGUGCUCGAAUUGGGAUACGGCGAUUUCCAGUACGGGCUUACGUACGACAAAUAUUGUUUUAUGUCUUGGUACACUUUUGGUCGUACAUAAUAAUCCUUGGUCUCCCAGCAAUUCGGAAGUGGGCAAGUAAAUAA